AAUGACAGACUAACAGGCCCUGUGCUGGCCCUUAUGCUGGACCAUGACACAUGGAGGCAGCUGGUGUUUAAUGACCAUCGGAAAACAAGCAGCUGACGAAUUAAUAAUUCCAAAAUGGAGAGAAAUAAAAAAAUCAUUAACACGAAUAAAUCUAUUCAUCAAUAAUAUUACUUUAAAGGGUAUUGAGACAAACGUUGCUGAGAAGAAACCCGCAUGGAUGAGCUCAGUCUGGAGGUCGUAUCAACCCGCCAGUACAGCUGUCGAUGGAGUAAUACUUGCACACGAUUACAAAUACUCGGCUGUCACCAAGCCGUAUACAAACACUCCCGCCUGGUGGAAGGUGGAUCUACAAACACAAUCACAGUCAGCAAGCGUUACCCUGUACUUCAAUACAUUCUACAAGUUUAGACGUAAUGGCGUGCAGCUCUACAUAUCUAUGAUAAAUUCAUCUGACCCCAAAGAAGGAACUCUAUGCCACAGCGUAAAAGGGCGUCCUAACGGUACAGACAUCCCUGACGUACUGAAUGUCACCUGUCCUGGGACCUGGCGCUACCUGACUGGAUACACAGAGACAGAUAAUGAUGGAUAUGGUGUUGUUUUAGACUUUGUUGAAGUACAGGUGUGGAUCUGCAAUCCAGGAAUGUACGGGGUUAACUGUACUGCGUUUUGCAACUGCCUGAAUUCAACCUGUGAUCGCUUGACUGGAUUCUGUUCUGGAGACUGUAGACCAGGGUGGCAGGGACAGAGAUGUGACACAGCUUGCAACAACACCCAUUAUGGCACUAACUGCAACAAAACCUGUGCUGAGCGGAGAUGUGCAACUGCAGAUACGUCAUGUGACCCUCGCAGUGGAGCAUGUGACACAGGAUGUCUUCCUGGUUGGAUAGAUGAGGACUGCACACAAGAAUGUGUCAACAAAACAUAUGGUGCAAAUUGCACCAGUCUUUGCUCUGACAGACACUGUGCAGGAAACUCGUCAUGUGAUCACGUGACAGGGACAUGCGAUUUUACGUGUGAGUCUGGAUGGACGGGUGUUGAUUGCAAAGAAGAAUGUGAUUCCAAACAUUAUGGAGCAAAGUGUCUUGGAGCCUGCUCCUCCAGACACUGUGUAGGGAACUCUUCCUGUAACUCGACAGGGACCUGUGACAGUGGAUGUGAGGCAGGAUGGACUCAAGCUGACUGUACAGAAUGUGAUUCCAAACAUUAUGGACCAAAAUGUCUUGGAGCCUGCUCCUCCAGACACUGUGUAGGGAAUUCUUCAUGUAACUCAACAGGGGCCUGUGACAGUGGAUGUGAGACAGGAUGGACACUGGCUGACUGUACAGAUCUCAUACAAGGCCCUAGUCAGCAGUCUGACGGCACUUCGUUUCCCAUCCCCGCUGUAGUAGGAGCUGUUGUCGGCGUGGUGGUGGUUCUGAUGGUUGUCAUUGUAGUCAUCCUGAUCAGAAGAAGACGUGGGGAAAAGCAUGGACGUUCUGCUCACGAACCAGUCAUUGCUGAAAAAUUGAAACCCAGACAAGUGGAAGACACCGGCAUGUACAUGAAUGUCGGAUUUGAUAAAGCAGAGAAAUCAGCGUUGACUUCAAAGAAGACGUCAGGUAAACCAGUCACUGUUCGUUCCCAGAAUAAAUCACAAAGCGAUUUUGCUGGGGACGCUGAAUAUACGACUGUGAGCAAGGAUAUAGGUAAAGAUGGAACUGAUGACCUUGACCUCGAGAGAGUGGAGGUGGAGGAAGACUAUGACGUCUCAGCCCAGCCUGUACAGGUGGAGGACACACCAGAUGUCCCUGACAGAAACUACUACAACCUGGACGAUGCUGGACUUGGGCACGUGAUUCCCGUGUCACAGCUUCAGGCAAGAGUGGACGAGAUGACACUAGCAAGGGCAGAAGAGGAAUUUAAGCGACUUCCUGAUGGCUUCGUCUACUCCUAUGAUGAAUCUCAACAUCCUGGAAACAAGGGAAAGAACAGGUUCAGAGGCUAUUACCCAUAUAACUACAACCGUGUGGUGCUGCGCGACGUCAGUGACGACAAAGACACAGACUACAUCAAUGCCAGCUACCUUGAUGGAUAUAAAACAGAAAAGCGUUACAUAGCAGCACAAGGCCCCUACAGACCGGAGGUAGUGGUGGAUUUCUGGAGGAUGAUCUACCAGGAGGAAUGUUCAACAGUUGUCAUGGUGACGGGACUUGUAGAGGGAGGCAAGAUGAAGUGUCUUCAGUACUGGCCAGAGCAAGGAACUCUCACUUACGGUGACAUCGCAGUUACCAAGGAGACAGAAACACAACUAGUAAACUACACAGUCACACAAUUGUCUGCUCAGAAUAAAAAGGAAGGCAAGAUACACCAUGUUGACCACUUCCACUUCACAAGUUGGCCAGACCAUGGUGUACCCGACACUUCCGCCUUGCUGGAGUUUAUGUGGAGGGUCAAGGUCAUUACAAGACAUCAAACACAACCUGUGAUAGUCCACUGCAGCGCUGGUAUAGGACGGACAGGUACCUACAUCGCUAUAGAGAGUCUCGUGGAUCAGGCAGCGGCAGAAGGCACUGUAGACGUCGUCAGCUUCGUCUCCAACAUGAGAGGCCAGAGGAAGAACAUGAUUCAGACAAAAGAGAAGUAUCUGUUCCUGUACCAGGCCGUGGCUAUAGCGGUGUCAGAAGGGGACACAUCACUGGACGCUGACGUCAUCAGACAGAUAGAUCUCACUCAUGUGUCUGGAGUUACCAUGGGUAACAAAUCUGCACAGGAACACCUUGAGGCUCUGGAAAAUGAAUCUGACCGAGGUCUUACAGGAGAUCUGAAUACAACAGCAGCGUCAUACACAUCAAGUAAGGGGUUCUUCCUAAUAACGUCACACCUAGACAAAGAGGAAGUGUGGAAUCAGGUGUAUAACAACGACUCAAGGACCUUGAUCACGUGGGCUUCAGAUCAGUUGAUCAACCUCCCGUCGACCGACAGACCUGUGUCCACGUCGAGGCUGACAGCAAGCAUGCAAACAUCUAAAGUUAUAUCGAAUGAUGUUAUCCUCAACACUAUUGAUCUUACAGUAAAUGGUGUUGAUGUCACCACACCCAUUCAACACUAUCAUUUGACCGGAAGUACACGUGACCCAAGCGUCACUCUGUUGAUUGAUAGCUUACUGACGUCGACGAGUGACCAACAACGAGGCUCUUGCACAAUUGUGUCACAGUCUGUAAGCGAGGCUAGGCUCCUGGUCCUCCUGAUGAACAUCGCCAGCAGACAGAAGGAUGACGGCAGGGUUGACGUCAUCAGCAACAUGCGACGUCUACAAUCAAGUCUUGGUGGACCGCCAUUCUCCCAGGACGAUGUGCGUAGGUGUUUGGAGUUCGCUCAACGUCGACUGGAAUCUCGUGGACUUUAUGCCAACUUUUAAAGCAUUUGCUAACUUACAGUAGGAAUCUGCAAUAUUUUUCUGUUUAAUGCGUCUAGGUUUUCUGCAAUACAGCUAAUGCACGUGGACAUGGUUGUUGGUAACAUAUACCGUAUUUUCAAUGAGCUGGAAACGAGAAUACAAAGUUAUAUUGUACUGAAAGCUUAGGACAUAAGCACAAUUAAGAAGUAUACAGGACAACAAAUUAUAAAGUCUUGUGAAUGAUCACUAUGAAUUAUUCAGCUUUGUUGUGACAAAACAUACUUUGAAUUGAACUUUAAACAACCACGAACUUGUCUUACAUUUGUUGUCAUCUAUUUCAUUCCAAUUUAAUUACUGGACUGGAUAUUAUAUGAUGAUGUUACAACCCUAUGUAGUGUUUUUUUCUUUAGUAACGCACAAUAUAAUGUGUAAAUGCACAUACAUGUAAGGAGUAUAAAAUCUAAUUCAUAUCA